AUGGACAGCGUAGCUCUACAAGAGAUCCGUUGGUUAGGGAAUGGUGUGCAUAACAGGCGUGGCAGUAGCCGCUACGACAUUUACUUCAGCUGCCACGACCGCCACCAUAUGCUCGGAACGGUUUUCGCCGUCGGUCCGCGGCUGAAAUUCGAAAUCAUAGGCUUCAAGGCUAUCAAUGAUAGGCUAUGCACCCUGCACAUGCGAGGCAGAUUCUUCAACAUCAGCCUCAUCAACGUUCAAGCUCCUACCGAAGACAAGGAUGAAGAGCAGAAGAACCUGUUCUACGGCCGCCUCACAAAAAUCAUUGACCAGUGUCCCAAGCAUGAUGUUGAAAUCAUCCUGGGGGACUUCAAUGCAAACGUCGGUAGAGAGCCAAUGUACCGCCAAUACAUUCGAAGUCACAGCCUACAUGAGCACAGUAACGACAAUGGUAGUAGAUUGGUCCAGUUUGCAGCUGCAAACAAUCUGGUUGUGGGAAGUACCAAGUUUGCGCGCCGAGAGGGGUACAAAGCUACGUGGGUGCCCGCGGAUGAAGUCACUUCCAAUCAGAUAGACCACGUGUUGAUUAGCCGCCGAAGACAGUCGAGCUUGUUGAACGUCAGAACGUAUCAAGGGACCAACAUCGAUUCCGAUCACUAUUUGAUUGGCUAA